GACAGUGUGGCGUGUGAAUCGACUGCGUCGAGUCGGUUGAGCGUUGUGUCCUAGAAUCAUACAUUUACCUCAGGAAUAUUUGUCAUUUGUAAAUUAAGUGUCACAGAUACACACACGUCUGCGAAAAACACGGUACGGCCCACACUCAAACAACAUUAAUUAAACGUUUUUGUUUACACAACGCUCAUAAUCGGGUAAAAUUCAGACGUAAUUUUGUGAAAUAUAGAUACAGAAAUUUUAUAAGAAUAAUCAGAAUUAAGAAUUAAACAGAAAUAUGUCUGAUAAUCUAAGCAAAAGUCCGAAUUCGAUAGAUGAAGCAAGCAAGAUGUCAGCCCCCCGUACAAAUGGAAUUAAAAUGGUUGAAGAAGGUGGUGGACUUCCUCUUAUGCAGUGUGGCUCAUUGCAGAUUGGUGAGGACUGUCGGCGUCACGUGACUAUCAUGGAGUCCCUAGGAAACGUGAAGAACUGCAAUGAGGACAGUAGCACCGGGAAUGUGGGCGGCGGUGGCGGCGGAGGGGGGCAGCAAAGACUUGCAGUGUUGAGCUAUGAACAAGUGCGACGCCUCAAUGACGUGAUGGACGAAGUCGUCAGCAUCCAUGGCCGUGGAAACUUCCCCACUCUUGAGGUGCGUCUGCGCGACUUGGUGACUGUAGUUCGCGCGAAAUUGGAGGCGGAAACCACGUCUGGCGGCGCCGGUAUGCGCGUGCGCGACAUCCGGCUAAACGGCGGCGCGGCGUCGCACGUCCUCGCCACUGAGUCACAGCCGUACAACGACCUGGACCUUAUAUUCGGAGUCGAACUGUCCGGGGGUCGAAACUUUGAUCGCGUCAAAACCGCCGUGCUUGGCUCGCUGUUCGAUCUGUUACCGGAAGGCGUUAGCCGGAAGCGCAUCACCACCUGCAGCCUCAAGGAGGCUUAUGUGAGCAAGAUGGUGAAAGUGAACCAAGAUGGGGACCGGUGGUCGCUCAUCUCUCUCGGCAACUCACGCGGACACAAGAAUGUGGAACUGAAGUUCGUGGAUUCGAUGAGGCGCCAGUUCGAGUUUUCCGUGGACUCUUUCCAGAUUAUCCUGGAUUCAUUGCUCCUGUUCUACGAGUGCAGCGAACUUCCUAUAGGCGAGAACUUUUACCCGACUGUGGUGGGCGAAUCCGUGUACGGAGACUUCCAAGAGGCUUUGUACCAUCUGCACAAGAAGCUGAUCGCCACACGGCAUCCUGAGGAGAUCCGUGGAGGAGGGCUUCUGAAGUAUUGCAACCUGCUGGUGAAGGCGUACCGCCCGGCAAGGCCCGACUAUAUCAAGACUCUGGAGCGAUACAUGUGCUCCCGGUUCUUCAUAGACUUCUCUGAUAUUUGUCAGCAGAGGGCGAAGCUUGAGAAUUACUUGUGGAACCACUUCGUGGGACCCGACGAGGAGAGUCUCAAGUACCGGUAUCUCAUGCUGCUGCACAGUGUGGUAGAGGAGUCGACUGUUUGCCUGAUGGGCCACGAGCGACGCCAGACCCUGUCUCUGAUCGAGGAGUUGGCGUACCUCGUGCUUUGCGAGGAACAGCAACGCCUGCUGUCUCAGCAUCACCCCCCCACAGCCCUGCUGUUUGCUAACGGCUACUACUAUGCACCCGUGAUCCCGACCGCUCCCUUGCAGCAGCCCUGUUACCACUGCACGUGUAACUGGAUGACCUGCUCGUGAUCCCACGUUGUGGCGUCAAAACUUAUGUUCCCGUCCAACAGUGAAGUGAAGUGAUUGAAGCACUGUACCUGAGUGUAUGGUAUAUGGAGUGAAGGCUUACCGACAAGAGCACAAGUGUGGCUCAUUAACUUACAGUAUCUUUUUAAAGUAAACCAAAACAUCUCUGUAAGCAUUAGAAUAAAAACGAAACAACCAAACCAUUCCGAAAGCACAAGAAUAACUUAUCGUCUGAUUGGUUGAAGAUGUGUGGCUGUGAACAGGUAAAUGCAUUCUGGUUGUGUAAGUUCAGAAUCAGUGUCAAUAAUUACCCUGCAGCCUCAAGUUCGUCUCCAAGAUUGUGUAACUCAUUCUCGAAGAAGCAACUUCGAAGUGGGGGGUGGGGGUGGGGAGAUAAUGGCCACCAACUUCUAGUAACGGAAAACUGUUGAUUUUGAGGAAUGUUCAAAUUAACUCCCCCCCAUUCUGCAUCGUUCAUUUCGCGUGAGUGCCCAAAUGACUGUUGUGACCUCCUUGCUGGGUAGCAAGCGAAAGUGUUUGAUGCAGGUUAGAGGAGGGGUACUAGUUCUGCAAGUUGGCUUCUUUCCAGACAGCGUUUGAUGUAUUUGUUGUCUACACGUUUUGAAAUGUACGCCAUACUUUCCAUACUUAGAUGGCUGAUACUCAGCAAUGAGUGGCGUUUGCAUUUCAUCGUUACAUAACCUGUAAAUUAACUUAUUUCCUUGAGGAUAAGACAGUGGUUUAUCACCAUUUUAAUGAACAGGUCUGCAGGUGAAAGUAUGAGGGAUUCAGUUAAUUUUAUCAAUUUCUUGCUUCUCAUAAUAUGUUUUUAAAGCUAUAAAUUUGACAGGUAAGAUGGGUCUCGUAUUUUAAAAGUAUGAGCACCUCUGUGGCACAGCACUGAUACAGGAUCUGAAGCCUGCAUUAGCAGUGGGAUACGUUGUUUGGAAAAUCAGUCGUUCCAAUUUCAGUUUGGGGGGUAAAAGGCUAUUGAAUCAAUGACAUUAAAAUUGUGUUUUGUGUUCCGUCACUUCGCGUGUGUUCAAUUGUCUGUUGUGCUGGCAGGUGACUCAGAUUCUUUUCCAAAGAUUCCAAGGCAUUGACAUU